AUGACAUCUUUUAGAAGAUCGUUAUAUUUUAAUUCUUUUUUUUCUAAUAAAAUAACGUUUAAAUAUUCAAGACAUUUUUUAAACUUAACAAAAUAUAUUCUAAUAACUAGGGGUGAUUAUAGACAUUUUUCUAUUAAAACUUUGGCUCCAGAAGGCACAAUUUUAAAAGGAAUUAACAUUUAUAAAAAAGGUUCAGAUCCUGUAGCACUUAAAGAAUCAGAAUAUCCAAAUUGGUUAUGGAAAAUCCUAGAUGAGGAUUCAAGUAUUCUUGAUAAGGAAAUAAUAAAAAAAAAAGAAUAUAAAAAAAAUAAUAAAGAAAAAAUUAAAACCAAUAACUUUUUAAAAAGUCAACUUUAA